CCGUGCGCGUACUUUUAUUGGAUCUGCUGCUGUCACAUUUGUUCUCAAAGCGCGUUAUUCUUCAUCAGGAAACUCGCGACGCGCGAACGCCUUUCUUUCGGCGCGGCCGCGCGUUAUUUGACAGUCGCGCAUAUGUAUUUUUUUCCCCCUGUUCUUUACGUAAAAGACGCAAAGAAACCGUAGGCCCUUGAUUGAGAGCCGCAGUUUAAUUCAGGAUUUGUGGGAUCCGCGUUGACGCGCCGCUCUUGAGUUCAUCUAACAGCUCGUUUGUUGUCAUAAAUCCGGAUCGCGCGCUCCGUGACGGGAUCGACGCGUUUGGGCCAGAUUUCUGCCUGUUGAUGUGAAGUGGAAGAAACACACCGGUCUAAUCCCAAUGACUGUGACCACAGCGGCUGAAAGAGAGGCCGUGCGGGCGCGUCGGACGCGUUUUGCGGGCGCUGAAUCAGAAUAGACGCACGAAACAUACAGGAAAAAUGGAUGAAAGUGUCGCCUGAAUCGAGCUGGAGCUUUAAAACCGCGACAGAAGCGCCCAAGUUCCUGAGAGGAUGAAGAGAAACGCGCUCGAGUGAAGAGAUACAUGAGGCAAACACUGAGGGGGGUGGGGGGAUCAAUAGAGUUGAUAUCUGUGAUUAAUCUGUGAUAUUCUUAAUGAUCUGAGGGAGAGAUGCGUUCACAUUAGCGCAGUCAAAGCGGAGAGCCGUGGGUGAAUGAUGGGCUGCGCCUCCAGCAUUCAUCUCUCUGAUCGGGUGGGUAAUCACAGCGGGAAAGAGUCCGACGACUCGCACUCACCGCAGCAGAACUGCCCUCAGCAGAGCCACAUUAAACCCAACGCCUAUAAGAACACACUAACAACAGAAGUGCAGUUUGGACCAAUGAAGCUUUAUGAAGAUCAACUGCAGGUACUGUUAGUGUUUGCCAAAGACGACGCUCAGAGUAACGCAUUCUGCUGGGCGUGUGAGCGUGCUGGUUUCAGGUGUAACGUGGCCAGAACUCCUGAUGCUGCGCUCGAGAGUUUCCUGGAGAAAAAUCACGACCUGAUCUUUAUCGAUCACAGACAUUCCAAAUAUUUUGAUGCUGAAGUGCUCUGCCGUUCAAUCAGAGGCAUCAGCUUCUCUCAAAACACUGUGAUCAUCGCCAUUGUGAAAAGGCCGGAUCGAGAAGAAUCCACUGUGAUGCCACUGAUAUCAGCAGGAUUUAACAGGCGGUAUGUGGAGAACUCAAACAUGAUGGCCUGUUACAAUGAACUCAUCCAACUUCACUUCGGAGAAGUACGAGCGCAGAUCAAACUCAGAGCCUGUAAUGCUGUUUUUACCGCACUGGAACAGAGUCAGGAAGUCAUUGAGAUUAGCAAUGAAGAUCAACUCAUACAGUAUGUGAAUCCAGCAUAUGAGUGCAUGAUGGGAUAUCAGCGCGGUGAACUGCUGAAAGACAACACUGAAGUGCCGAAGAGUGAAAAAAACAAAACUGACCUGCUGGAGAACAUCAGAGCAUGCAUACACAGAGGAAAAGAAUGGCAGGGAGUUUAUUAUGCCAAAAAGAAGAAUGGCGACAGCGUGCAGCAGAAUGUGAAGAUGACACCUGUGAUUGGUCAGGGAGGUAAAGUCAGGCACUGUGUGUCAAUUAACAGGCCUUUAAAUGACCAUAACAAGACAGAAAAGCCAUGUGAGAGAGUUCAAGCCGAAUCACAAACAGAUAUUCAGCAGUGCAGCAAACACAAAGAUCGCAGGAAAGGUUCUCUGGACAUCCGUUCAACAACCUCUCGAGGGAGUGAUGGAAGUUCACAGAGGAGACAUUCAUCUAUGGCCAGAAUUCACUCCAUGACGAUAGAAGCACCAAUCACUAAGGUGAUAAACAUCAUAAAUGCAGCUCAGGAAAGCAGUCCAAUGCCUGUUGCUGAAGCGCUGGACCGUGUUUUGGAGAUACUACGGACCACAGAGUUGUACUCGCCUCAGCUCGGGACUAAAGAAGAAGACCCUCAUACAAAUGACCUGGUGGGGGGUCUCAUGACUGACGGAUUACGCAGGUUAUCAGGAAACGAGUACAUCUUUGCAACAAAACAGCUGCAUCACAUCCCCAGUCACCUGACCACACCACUGUCCCUCAACGAUAUCCCACCAUGCAUUGCUCAGACGAUGGAGAGCGAAGACUCGUGGGACUUUGAUAUUUUCAACCUGGAGUCAGCUACCAUUAAACGGCCGUUAACAUAUCUAGGUUUGAAGAUCUUCUCGCGGUUUGGUGUUUGUGACUUUUUGAGCUGUCCAGAGGCGACGCUUCGCUCAUGGCUUCAGAUCGUUGAAGCUAAUUAUCACUCCAGUAACUCGUACCACAAUUCUACACAUGCUGCAGAUGUUCUGCAUGCUACUGCAUACUUCCUGUGCAAGGAGCGUGUAAAGCAAAGUCUCGACCCAAUAGAUGAGGUCGCUGCACUGAUCGCUGCUACUAUACAUGACGUUGAUCAUCCCGGACGUACAAACUCCUUCCUAUGUAACGCAGGAAGUGAACUAGCCAUACUGUACAAUGACACGGCUGUACUGGAGAGUCACCACGCUGCGCUCGCCUUCCAGAUCACAACACGAGACGACAAAUGCAACAUCUUCAAGAAUAUGGAGAGGAACGAGUAUCGCACACUCCGGCAGGCCGUCAUUGAUAUGGUUCUCGCCACUGAGAUGACGAAACACUUUGAACACGUCAACAAAUUUGUCAACAGCAUCAACAAGCCACUGACUGCACUGGAGGAGAAUGGGGCUAAUGGUGAUGAGGAGUCAGUGAAGGGCAUUCUUUCGGUUCCAGAGAAUCGUAUUCUUGUGAAGAGGAUGUUGAUCAAAUGUGCAGAUAUUUCAAACCCCUGCAGGCCACUGCAGCUGUGCAUCGAAUGGGCUGGACGCAUUUCAGAGGAGUAUUUCGCACAGACCGAUGAGGAGAAGCAGCAGGGUUUGCCGGUGGUGAUGCCCGUGUUUGAUCGCAACACCUGCAGUAUUCCUAAAUCACAGAUCUCCUUCAUUGAUUAUUUCAUCAUGGACAUGUUUGACGCAUGGGACGCAUUUGCUGAUCUGCCGAAUCUAAUGCAACAUCUGGACAACAACUUCAAAUAUUGGAAGAGUCUCGACGAGAGGAAACUACGCAGCCUACGGCCGCCGCCCGAGUAACACACGCGCGCGCACACAGCAAGGACAAGCUUUGUUUAUGUGUGAGCGGCUGUCGUCACAAGGGACAUGAGAUGGUCAUGACAGGGCGACAAGCAUGUGAAAGACAGAUGAGUGUCUCACAUUUGGGAAGAAACACUAGCGAUCAGCUCUGCACCUGUCUAACUUUCUACUGUCUGUCUGCUUUCAGUUCUUCACAUGUACACACACACACACACACACACGUAUACAUAUGCGUGUAGAGCAACAGAAACACGUCUGCAGAGCUCUAUUUAUUUUGUUUCUUGUUUUCUAUAAUAAAAUAAUGAUGAGAAUCAUGUUAACUAAUAAAUACAAUUAAAAAGAAAUAUAAAACGCCAAAGUGAGUAACAUAAAUAAUAAUCUUAUCUUAUCACCUGUAGUUAAUAUCUGCAGAGAGGAAACAUAAAUGUUUUUAUUUUCUUAUUGAAUGAUGCCAUUUGAAUCUUCCUGUGUGUGUGUGUGUGUGUGUGUGUGUGUGUGUGUGUGUGUGUGUGUGUGUGUGUGUGUGUGUGUGUGUGUGUGUGAGUGAGUGAUGCAUUGCUCAGAGCCACCGUGAGACGCUCUGCUACCUGCGAUAACACUGUUCACCGCAUGGCAGUAAUCUGUGAAAAUAUUCAAACUUGAAGGAUUUUCCUGCAGAGAUUUUUUUUUUUUAUGUGGCCUAUCUACUGAUGACUGCUGCCUUAUUUUAUACGCUCUAUUUAUACAGCUCCAGCGUGCUGCUCACCUGCGACAGACACCUGCAGUUUUUAACACACUCAUGUUAUAUGAAGUAAAUCUCAAUAUUUUUAUAGCUAAUACAUUUUACACUGGAACGCUGUACAGCAGAACCACCUGUGUGAAACGGAUCAUAAUUUCAUCCAUGUAUUGACAUGUGGAAUAUCAUCAGUUUAUGUGUCUGCAGCGGAACGCAUCUCGUUACGAGUUCUGAUGUUAUUGGAUCUUUGGUUCACAAAAUGACAUGCGACUUGAAAGCUGCGACACAAACGCUGCAGAAGAGAAGUGGAAUCUCUGUCUCUCCAUCAGGGUUUUUUGUUUUUGUUUAUUCAGAUUAAUUCUGUAUGUCAGCACAGAGUUCAUGAGUCAAUGUGACACGGAUAAAGCUGCCUUGGAUUAUGUUUGUGAAGCAGCUCACAGGUUUUACUCAUGACCUCGAUCAUAAAGCUCAAUAUAUGACAACACGUGUGUGCUUCAUUUAUUAUACAAAUAGUUCUCAGAUUUGAAUGAAACUUCAGCAUGUCUUCGUCAAGGAUACAGAGGUCAUGUAUGUUUUUUUUUUAUCACUGUAAACCAUUGAUUUAUCUUAAAAAAAAAAAAAAAGGAAACCUUUGUGUCUGGACUGGAUAAUUUUCAUCACUUUGAAGAGAUUCACCCAGCCAGCCUCUAAUAUUAAAAAAAGCGUGUUCCCACUCAUUUAGAUGUGUUUCUUAAACUUGUGUUAUUUGUACCACUCAGAGUCCAUUGUCUGCGAUGGACAUCAGCUGUUGCUUGUAUUUGUAUUUCUAAACCAUAAGCCUGAUUUUCUCUCAAGCUUCUGUCAGAGAACAGAAAACUUGUCACAUAUUGAAUUUAAUUUUUACAAAUGUCAUUAAAGUUUCAAGCAGCAUUCU